UUUUGUGCGGUGGAGCUGGAGAAUACUAGUCUCCCUUUUCUCUCUCAGCCUUUGUACCCCCUUGAAACUUUCUCGUUGAGGGGGCUAAAGGUUGAGACUUAACACCGUAUACCGACACGAUUUCUCUAUUUUUUCGCUUCAACAACUUCGUUAUCUAAUCGACGCCACCAGUUUCAGUCUUCCAUCUGUAAUCUACUUGCAAUGGCUGCCACUGCAACGGCCUCCAUUCAAUUUGCACCCGAAGAUCCUACUCUUCCCAAGCCAUGGAGAGGUCUAGUUGAUGGAAAAACUGGGUACCUUUACUUUUGGAACCCACAGACCAAUAUCACCCAGUAUGAGAGGCCUACGAGCUUAGUUGUGCCACUGAAAUCUUCAUCAUUCUCUGUAAGUUCUUCAUUUCAAGUUCAAGAAUCUUCUCAAGGACAGUACCGGAGCUACAUUCCUGAAAAGGGAGAUGAUAGGUAUAGCAGAGACAAAGAUGGUGGGUCAAAAGUUGAGGGAGGAUCAAGGAAUAAUCAGGCUAUGAGGGAAGGUCCUGGUCAAUCUUAUAAUGACUCAAAUGGGACUAUAGUUGCUGGACAUGGAGGAUCUCCCAAAGGGCAUGGAUCAUCAGGUGGAGGAAGUAGUUUAUCUGUGGAGGCUUAUUGUCGUCAGCAUGAAAUCACUGUUACUGGAGGUGAAGUGCCUGCACCUUUUACAUCAUUUGAAGCUACUGGUCUUCCUCGUGAGAUUCUUCGAGAGGUACAGAAUGCUGGUUUCUCUGCCCCUACUCCAAUUCAGGCACAAUCGUGGCCUAUCGCUUUGCAAAGUAGAGAUAUAGUGGCCAUUGCUAAAACAGGGUCUGGGAAGACUCUGGGUUACUUAAUUCCUGGAUUUCUUCAGGUCAAGCGCUGCAGUAAUAACCCUCAGUUGGGUCCAACUGUGUUGAUUUUGUCACCAACGAGGGAGUUAGCAACCCAGAUACAAGAAGAAGCUGUGAAGUUUGGGAAGUCAUCAAAAAUUUCUUGCACAUGUCUUUAUGGUGGAGCACCGAAGGGUCCCCAAUUAAGAGAUCUAGACAGAGGAAUUGAUAUUGUAGUCGCUACUCCUGGCCGCUUGAAUGAUAUUCUUGAGAUGAAGAGAAUUAGCCUUCGUCAAGUUUCUUAUCUUGUGCUGGAUGAGGCUGAUCGCAUGUUGGACAUGGGCUUUGAACCUCAGAUACGAAAGAUUGUUAAGGAGGUACCUGCUCGUCGUCAGACUCUCAUGUACACAGCCACAUGGCCCAUGGAAGUUCGGAAAAUUGCGGCAGAUUUACUGGUAAAUCCCGUUCAGGUUAAUAUUGGGAAUGUUGAUGAGCUUGCAGCCAAUAAGUCAAUCACGCAGUACGUCGAGGUACUGCCACCCAUAGAGAAACACAGACGGUUGGAGCAAAUAUUAAGGUCUCAAGAACAUGGGGCAAAGAUAAUUAUUUUCUGUUCAACCAAAAAAAUGUGCGAUCAACUAGCUCGCAACCUUACCCGUCAAUUCGGGGCUACUGCCAUUCAUGGAGAUAAAUCACAGAGUGAGAGGGAUUAUGUACUGAAUCAAUUCCGUGCUGGGAGAUCACCGGUGCUUGUUGCAACUGAUGUUGCUGCUAGAGGACUGGACGUGAAAGACAUCAGGGUGGUUAUCAACUACGACUUCCCCACCGGAGUUGAGGAUUAUGUUCACAGGAUUGGGAGGACUGGGAGGGCUGGUGCUACUGGAGUGGCUUACUCUUUCUUCAAUGACCAGGAUGCAAAACAUGCUUCAGAACUCAUCAAAGUCUUGGAACGGGCAAAUCAGCGAGUCCCUCCAGAAAUUCGUGAGAUGGCUUCACGCAAUGGUGGCAUGGCAAGGUCUAGACGUUGGGGUUCUGGUGGUCGUGAUGGGGGCCAUGGUGGGGGAAGUGACUUUGGUUUUGGUGGAAGGGGUUCGAGUUACUCGACUGGCAGGGCAGAAAGAGGUGGAGGUCGUGGAUAUGGUCGUGAGUCCCAGAAUAGUUACUUUGGUGGUAAUGGUAGAGGCCGUAAUCGCAGUAGGAGCCCUGAGAGGUUCUACCGGGCUUAAUCCAAACGUGAACGGUCGCCAGUUUGAAGUUUCCUCCAGGCAAUGAUGGAAAGGGACCAUUGACCGCUGCUUCAAAAUAAUCAUUUGUGACAGAAGUGACAAUGUGAAGGAAUACAGAAGUUCUGCAAAAUCGUGAAGCCCUUCAGCAAUGAAGAAAAGGAAGCCAUGAUUCAAGGUGACUGAGAUUCAAGGUGGUAUGUAGAGCAUAGUAUGUGAUCCUCACAGUUCUUGAGUUUUACCUAGCUGUACUGGUGCUACAUUAACUUCUAAUAAUCUGGUAAUUUAUUUUUUGGAUUUGUCAGUGAUUUCUUCCUUUUUUUUCAAGGCCAAGGGGAUAUGGAUGAAGUAUUUUACUAUUGGUUUUCCCUGUUUUUGGCUCCGAGUGGGAAUCCGACUCUUAUUAAAUUUGUUUCAAGUGUAAUGCUACUCAAGUAAACAGUAAACUUUGUGUUUGUAACGCGAGGCUAAUUUUUCUCUUACGUUGGGGACUAAAAGAGGAGAAGAUAUUCUUUU